GAGCGGCCAUUUCCUGUUUCUCUGCAGUUUUCCCCAGCUUUGGGUGGUGGCUGCUGCUGGGCUCCGGCGUUCCGUCGGCGGAGGGCGAGGCGGCGUGGACAGCGGCCCCGGCACCCCGCGCCUUGCCGCCCGCAGCCGCGCGCCCGCCCGCCCGCCUCUCCCCGAGCUCGCCGCCUUUCUCCUUAGCGCCCGGCCGCCGCCGCCGCCGCGGCCCAGCGAGCGGCCCAGAUGCAGGCCAUCAAGUGUGUGGUGGUGGGAGACGGAGCUGUGGGUAAGACUUGCCUCCUGAUCAGUUACACUACCAAUGCAUUUCCUGGAGAAUACAUCCCCACUGUAUUCUUAUACCAUUUUUGUACCAAUGAUUGAAGAAUCUUUCCCCUUCUCACUGAAGCAAAGCUUUGACAACUACUCUGCCAAUGUCAUGGUGGAUGGAAAACCCGUGAAUCUGGGCUUGUGGGACACAGCCGGACAAGAAGAUUAUGACCGAUUACGCCCCCUGUCCUACCCGCAGACAGAUGUAUUCUUAAUUUGCUUUUCUCUUGUGAGUCCUGCAUCAUUUGAAAAUGUUCGUGCAAAGUGGUACCCUGAAGUGCGACACCACUGUCCCAACACACCCAUCAUCCUGGUGGGGACGAAACUUGACCUGAGGGACGAUAAAGACACGAUUGAGAAGCUGAAGGAGAAGAAGCUGACGCCCAUCACCUACCCGCAGGGCUUGGCCAUGGCCAAGGAGAUCGGUGCCGUCAAAUACCUGGAGUGCUCGGCGCUCACGCAGCGAGGCCUCAAGACAGUGUUUGAUGAAGCGAUCCGGGCGGUUCUCUGCCCGCCCCCCGUCAAGAAGAGGAAGAGAAAGUGCCUGCUCUUGUGAACGUCUGCCCCCCACCGUCCGCCCCCAGGACCCUUUGUAUGCUUUGCUCAAACGUGGAGCCUUCGCACUCAAUGCCAAGUUUUUGUUACAGAUUAGUUUUUCCAUAAAACCGUUUUGAACCAAUCAGUAAUUUCUAGGUUUUGUUUGUUUAAAGUGUAAGAGUUCAAACUUUCACAUUCUAUUAAAGUUCAGCCCUAAAAUGACAAGCUUCCUUAAAGCCUUAUUUUUCAAAGCCCCUAUUCUUGCUCAGAGUUGCCAAAACACUUUGUGAACUAAGUUGCAUUGUUGGGCUGAGAACACUGAGCGCUGAGCUGUGGAGAGACCUUUGUCUGCAAGAGACUAGCUUUGGAGGCAGGAGGUGCAGACCCUCGCUGACGAGUUUCAGGCGGGAAGAGCGCGCACAGCCUCCUUCCUGAAACGCUGCACCUGACGAGUCACGAUGUCGCAGCCCACGCUCCCUACCUGACACUGUACUGUACGUCAGCGCACGGGCCUAACAGCUCACUCUUUGGAUCAGUCUUUUUGAUUUUGUAGUGAGAUUUUUUAAAACGAGUUAGUGUUUUAGCUCUUGUGAGAUUCUGAACAGAACUCAGUGCUCCCUGCAAUGAAGUGUUCUGUCCGUGGGUGCCCUGGGGUGGAGUGUGUGGGACGCUUGUCAUCAAAGGAUGGAGACAGUAUUUUGACAAAAUGUGGAGAUUAAUUUACACUACAUUGUACACAUAAUCAUUAAAACUGUUAAAAGCACCACGGGUAGAGGUUUUAAAAGGUUAAUUUCUGUCAAAUGCGGUAGAUAAAGAAAGGUCGGUAUUAUCAGUGAGUGUUUUCUUCAGCUUUUCCUUUUCCUAAACCUGCCCACCCCUUCUGAAAUUGGGCAUUUAAUCCAUCUUGACCUGGUCAUCCUCAUAGUUGCUAACUUAGUGUUUUUCUUAUAGAGCCCAUUCUUAAUGAGCAAUAUGCCUCCUUGUAUUAUAAAAUCUUUCUGAAUAUGCAUUAGAAAAUUUUUUUGUAGCUUAGUAAAAGUGCACUCCUGUUUUCAUGUUGCUUUACUCAAAGCUAAUAAGUGCUUUCCUUAGUUUUCUAGUAAACUAGGUGUAAAAAUCAUGUGUUGCAGCUUUAUGGUUUUUGAGAUACUUCAGAUAUUCCUAAACUGUAAGCCUCAGCGUCACUGGCCAGAUGACCGACGCCGCACCGUGACUAACGACUGACCCCUCCUGCCUCACCGCGUGCAGACGCUUCUGUCCUUGCCCUAACUGUGCUCCCUGGGGUCUGUGAGGUUCCGUCAGCCCCGUGCUUGUGCUAACCAAGUUCUGUACAACGUACCCACUGGCAAGAAUACGAGCUUGGACCUUUCAACCACUAGAACAAAAUUUUUUAAAUUGACAGUUGCAGAAUUGUGGAGUGUUUUUACAUUGAUCUUUUGCUAACGCGAUUAGCAGUAUGUUUUGCAUGUAUGACUUAAUAAAUCCUUGAAUCAUA